AGCUGACGCUUGGUAGUCGUUGCAGACAGUUGUGCGGUCCCGUGACAAAUUUCAUUGGAACUUUCUACGGCCAGGAAAGACUGAUGUUUCCUGCUUCUCUGACUUGACAGACGCUGUUUUUGGGCAGCGAGAAAACACACUUUCAGUUUUGGAAGUUUGAAGAUUUCUACCCGGAGGAGUAGGAGAGAGAUGUUCGAUGUUGUGUCGGUUUAGACAGUGAAGUGAAACAUCCUGAGCGGAUCAACAUCGAUGAACAUCAGAACACUGUACGGUACGUGAUGUUCACGUAAACGUCACCGUGUUCCCUGUUUGAUAACCCAGACCCACGCAGUGACCCAGGAUGGAGAUGGGUCAGUGGCACACUUGAAGUCUUACCCUGAGGAGGACACAUUACUCUCUGACCUUGCACCUUUAAAUGCCGAGAGCCCCCAAGAUGGAGGAGCAAUGCAGUCACCCCAGUGUCAGCAUCCCCUGCCACAACGAGCAGAGGGACAAGAAGAAGCGAUUCACAGUUUAUAAAGUGAUAGUUAACGUUGGACAGCAGGAGUGGUUCGUCUUCAGGCGUUACGCAGAGUUUGAUAAACUCUACAACAUAUUAAGGAAACAGUUUCCAUCUAUGAACUUAAAAAUUCCUGCCAAGAGGAUAUUCGGGGACAAUUUUGACCCUGAGUUCAUCAAGCAGAGAAGAGCUGGUCUACAUGAGUUCAUAAAGCGGCUCGUCUCACAUCCUCAGCUUUGCAACCAACCAGACGUGAGGACCUUUCUACUGAUGGACAAAAUGCAGCAGUUUUCAGAUGCCUCUGAGGACGAGGAUGACAAAAACAACUCUACCUCCAGAAACAUAAACCUGGGACCCUCUGGAAACCCACACGCUAAGCCCACAGACUUUGACUUCUUGAAAGUCAUAGGAAAGGGAAGUUUUGGAAAGGUUUUCCUUGCAAAACGUAAAAACGAUGGGAAGUAUUAUGCAGUCAAGGUCUUACAGAAAAAGGUCAUUCUCAACAGAAAAGAGCAAAAACACAUCAUGGCGGAGCGCAACGUUCUGCUGAAGAACGUGAAACAUCCUUUCCUGGUCGGGCUUCAUUAUUCCUUCCAGACAACGGACAAGUUGUACUUCGUCCUGGAUUUCGUCAAUGGAGGAGAACUUUUCUUCCAUCUUCAAAAAGAGCGGACCUUUCCAGAGCCAAGAGCAAAGUUCUACAUCGCUGAGAUGGCCAGUGCGCUGGGAUACCUGCACUCUCUCAACAUUGUUUACAGAGACUUGAAGCCAGAAAACAUCCUCCUCGACCAUGAAGGGCAUAUCAUUUUGACCGACUUUGGAUUGUGCAAGGAAGGCAUUUCCCAGACAGACACCACCAUGACAUUUUGUGGAACACCUGAGUACUUGGCUCCAGAAGUCCUGAGGAAACAGCCGUACGAUAACACGGUGGAUUGGUGGUGUCUGGGUUCAGUGCUGUAUGAAAUGCUCUUCGGUCUGCCGCCGUUCUACAGCAGGGACACACAUGAAAUGUAUGACAACAUCCUCCACAAGCCGCUGGCGAUGCGUCCCGGUGCAUCCAGCACAGCCUGGUCUCUCCUCCAGGCUCUGCUGGAGAAAGAUGGCACGCACAGGCUGGGCUCCAGAGAUGACUUUAAUGAGAUCAAAGCACACUGUUUCUUUUCCUCCAUUAACUGGGAUGACCUUGAACAGAAGAGGAUCCCUCCCCCGUUUACACCCAAUGUGAGCUCUUACUGUGAUAUCUCAAACUUCGAUCCUGAGUUCACCGAAGAGAUGGUCCCCAACUCCAUCUGCUGGUCUCACGAUCACUCCAUCGUUAACGCCAGUGUAAUGGAGGCAGACGACGCCUUUGUGGGCUUUUCUUACGCCCCGCCUUCUGAUGACUCUUUCCUAUGAAACAUUCCCAGUGAGAUCCUCACUCGCCUUAACUGUCAUAACUUCUUUUGACUAAAGGGAAGAACUUAUACCAUGGAUGAACUUGUUCUAUGAAGCCAAAGCAAGCAGCUGAGAGGACACAGCACUUACAUUGAUUUUGGAUGGAACAACAUGUGCCAGAAAAUCUUUAUAUUUUACAAUUUUGUAUUUAUAUAAAUACAUAAAUAUAUCAAUAAUUGCAUAACAGAUGAUAUUUUUAAGAAUAAAGGACAGCCAUUGUCUAUAAUUCUGGUAGUUUCUGGUUGAGCCUUUAACUUUAAAGCCUUCAAAUUAUCCCUGAAAUGAAAUCAACGCAGUUUACUGAGAAACUUGAAAUACUCACCGGACUUCUAAUCACACCAUUCCACAGUAAGAUUAAAGUGUGUUAGUCCAUGUAAUUAUUGUAAAAUUAAUUAAUGUAUCAUAUUCAUUAUAACUAAACUGGAAAUAGGGAACUACUUGAGCGACCACUAAAUAGAUUAUUAUGGUUUAUAGGUCACAUUUGUAUAAAAAAGUCUGCUUCUACAGUUACCUGUCAGAUUGUUGUGGAUUGUUUUUUAUUGGAUUGUGUGUUUUUUUCUAUUCAUUGCCUUCAUUUACAGAAUUUGUAAAAAUCCACAGUGCUUUGACUUUCCUUGCAUUUUAACAGGCCUGUACUCCUGCACAGUAAUAAACACAUAAAAGAAAAGUA